AUGACGGCCUGGAAUGCAUCUGUGUUGGACAUCAAUGUUUCUAGAAGUCAACAGUCUUUAUUCUUGCCUUCGUAUUUAUGGACACUUGACAAAGAGAUUCACUGCUUUGUUCUUGCAAAUGAAUUGAAACAUGGACCAUCAUUAUACAGAAAUGUGCUUGUGAGCCCUUUGUUGACAUGCCCACAAGUUAUUCUGAGGGACAAAGAAUUUGGAGUUGAUUGGAAAAAAAUCAGAACAGAAUAUACCUUUUCAGCAUUUUCACUUUCCUCUCAUCAGCUUUGGUCUUUAGAAGGUGGUAGGAUAAGGGUGUGUGUCAAUGAUAUACCAUUAUUAACAAAAACACUGAAGUCAAGGGUGUUGCAAAAUGACAACUCAGCUCUCAGAAUUGUGACCCUUAUUUGCACUAUUAUAUCAUUGCUUUGUUUAGUAAUAACAUUUAUAACAUACUGUAUGUUUCCAAUUCUUCGAACUCUCCCUGGCAUUAACAACAUGUGUUUAGUUGUAUCUUUGUUUUUAGCGCAAUUUCUUAUGAUAGUAAGACCGUCUUUUAGUUCCACAGGUCUAGCAAUAGUAUCUGCCCUGUCGCAUUUUUCUUGGCUUUCCAUGUUUUUGUGGCUUCAAGUCUGCUCUUUCCACAUGUAUCGCGUAUUUAGUGCAAAAAGUCGAUCAGAAUUUAACGGUAAUCAAAACAGAAAAAUAAUGAUCCAAUAUAUCUUUUACGCUUUUGGUAGCUCUUUACUUAUUGUCAUAAUCAAUAUCUUUGCGACGUUGAUUGUCACAGAAGGCGAAAAUACAGGAUAUGAUAGAGUGUCAACGCUAAUGAUGUAUAAACUAGCAUUUAUUGUAACACUCAUAACUCCUCUAUGUUUUGUAUGUGUGACCAAUGUGAUGUUUUAUAUAUUAACAGCCUACAAAAUACAUUCUACUCCCACUAUCGAAAAAACGACUAGAAAUAGGGUUCACUUUGCCAUAUACGUAAAGUUAUUUUCUCUGACCGGGCUGUCGUGGAUUUUGCAGAUCAUAGAUACAUUUGUGGCGUUCUCUGUCUUAUCCUACUUUGUCGCUAUUCUUAACGGCUUACAGGGUUUGUUUAUUUUUGUGAGCUAUGUUUGUAAUCAGAGAGUAUGGAAGUUAUACAAGAAUAAACUUCACAGAUUUCCUGUUCAUAGCCCGAAUUCCACCGUCACCUCUAAAAGAGAAACAACAUCAAUGUAAAUCACUUAAUCUUUA